CGUUCAACGCGCUACGAGUGUUCAACGCGCUACGAGCGUUCGGCGCGUUACGAGCGUUCGGCGCGCUACGAGCGUACGGCGCGCUACGAGCGUUCGGCGCGCUACGAGCGUUCGGCGCGCUCAAGGUCACAAGCGCAGAUCGCCUACCUGCUCUCCUGCUUGCCCGUUGA